AAUGGAUGAUGAUGGAGAAGUGGAAAAAGUACGAAAACAUUUGGAAUUGUUAAGAACAGAAUACGUUCAGCUACAACAAAAACUUGCUGAUGCAGAAAGGAAAUUAGAUGCAGCAACCGCAAAUGUUGAAAACGGAACUGCUUUUGCUAGCUGCCUUUUAAGAGCUGUCGCAAACUUGUUAAAUGAUAAAAAGUAUAGCGAUAUUACGAUUCGUUUCGAGAAUCAUGAAAUUCAAGCGCAUAAAUUUGUUCUGGCCGCUAGAAACUCUAAAUGGGGAAAUUUAAAUGUUCUUGAUACAGAUACUUUAGAUUUUACAGAUAUAUCCAAAGAAGCAGGAGAAGCUUUAAUAAAAUGGGUCUAUACAGACAAAUUAGAAUGUGAUUGUUCAAAUAUGGAUCUGGUGCUGGAAUUAUUAAAAACCUCAAAAAAAUUCUGCCUAAGUCACUUGUCCGAUAGAUGCGAAGAAUCUUUAAUUGCUACAAUUACAGUGGAAAACUGUAUACAAUUUUAUAAAUCUUCCUCAGAGAUUGGAGCAGAAAAAGUACAAAAUCAUUGUUCAAAAUUAAUAUCUCAUUAUUGGAAUGAUUUCUCAGCAACUGAUUUUCAAACUCUUUCAGCAAAACUAGCUUAUAAUUUAUUUAAAGAUAAAAGUAAUCAUGUUCUACAUUCUACUGUCAGACUAGGAAGAGAGGAUGUGUUAAUGCUUUAUCUUUUGGAAUACGACUCCUUAUUGCCUUCGAAACUGGAUGAAUUAGAUAACAAAGGUGAAGUUGCCUUGGAUUUAGCUUUAAAAUUAUCAAGAAAUACAAUUGCUAAAACUUUGGUAAAAUACGGUGCUAAUGUAAAUAGGAAAACUGUAGAUGGUUAUUCAUUGUUGCACAAAGCUAUUAGCCGUUCGGAUAAAGAUUCGGCAUCAUUUCUUUUGGACAAUAAUGCUGAAACUAAUGGAAAACUAAAAACAGGAGACACGCCAUUACAUCUGGUUUCAGCUUCUUCUGCCGAGAUGGCCGAUUUAACAGUGCAAUUAUUAAAGCAUGGUGCUGAUCCCAACUCUCAAAACGAAGACGGUGAUACACCUUUACACAUUGCCGUUGGAACGAAGAAUAAUAUCGUUCUUGAUCUUUUAUUAAACGUUGAUGAAAAGUUAGAUUUAGAUAUAUCAAAUAAUAGUGAAAUGACUCCUCUUCGAAUAGCAUUAACCAUACAAGAUAGUUACGAAUCGUCAAUGGCUGGGAAACUACUUAAAGCUGGAGCUUCCUCUGACACAAUACACGGAGCAGAUUCAGAUUGUUUAUUACAAGUUUUAAGUAGAGAAGGACGAGAAGACGCUUGCGUUUUCCUGGCGGCAAAUGGUGUUAAAGUAAGUCGUUAUAAUGCUUUAGGAGAAACACCCUUGCAUACAGCCUCUGCCUUUGGUUUGACAAGGUUAGUCAGGGUGUUAUUGGAUGCUGGAGCAGAUCCAAACAGUUGUACAACAGCUCCUGUCUACGGGCAAGAAUCGACUAAAUUAACGCCUUUACAUUUGGCUGUCCUUGAAGGAAGGGAGGAAGUUGUUGAUACAUUAUUAGAAAAUUCAGGGACUUCUGCUAAUGCAAGAGAUACUCAAGGAGGUACACCUUUGGGUUAUGCUUUAUGGCACGGUAUGCAUAAGGUAGCCGAAAAACUAGUAAAAUUGGGAGCAGGAGUUGCAGGAGAUGAAGGAGCUCUCCUAUUAAGAGAAGCAAUCGAACGAAAGAAAACCGAUGCUGCUCUAUUUAUUUUAAAAAAUGGCGCUCGUACAGAUAGUUUAGUUGUAUCCAAUUGCCUGGAAUUGGCGGUCAAGAAUGGCUUGAAAAUGGUUGUUGCUGAAUUAUGUAAAAGAGGUGUUGCCAAAGACGCUCCUGACUCUGAGGGUAAUAGACCAAUAUGGACUGCUUUAAAGAAAGGAUAUGAAGAUGUAGCCAAUGUACUAGUAGAAUCGGGAUGUGACGUUGACGGUUGGGACGUCGGUCCAUCUGGUUGUUUGCAAACACUGCUGCACAGAGCUAUAGAUGAGAGUGAUGAAAGGAUAGCCUGCUAUCUCAUCAACAAAGGUUGCGAUGUUGACUCCCCUAGGCGACCAGGUCCUAACGGGGAAGGAGAUGAAGAGGCCAGAGAUGGACAAAGACCGUUGCAUUUGGCAGCUAGCUGGGGAUUGCAAUUAAUAGUUGAAAGACUUGUAUCAUCUGGUAGGGUUGAUGUCAAUGGAAGAGACUCUGAUGGUCGAACGGCUCUACAUGUCGCAAUAGACAAUCAACAUGAAUCAAUCAUACAAAUGCUAAUGUCAAAUGCUCAAGCUCAAUUAAACCUCAGAAUCAAAGAUAGAAAAGGCAUGACACCAUUUGCUCUAGCCCUCCUACGGAAGAAUGAAAAAGUUGCUAGAGCAAUAGUCAGUCUGGAAAAGGGAGCCGCGGAAGAGAAAGAUAAUAAGGGAAAAACAUUCCUUCACAUAGCUGUUGAACAAAAUAGCGUUGAAACAGUAUUAUUCUUACUAGCCUUAGGAGUAAACGUCAAUAGUAAAGAUUCAAAUGGCCUCACUCCACUGCAUUAUGCAGUUAUUGCGAACAAUGAUAUGACUGUACGUAAUUUGAUUUUAGCAGGGACUGAUAUCAAUGAAAAAACUCCUCAAAAGCGAACUGCUUUACACAUUGCAGCCAAACAUGAUAGAGCAUCAAUUGCUUCAAUACUACUGGACAAUAAAAUCGAUUUUGAUGCUGUUGAUGACAGUCAAGCGAAUGCCCUUCACUUGGCUGUCCAAGAGGGUCAUGUUGACACUGUUAGAAUAUUAUUAACUCAAUCAACAAUAAAUGCGGAAGCGGUUAACAUGAAAGGACAGAAUCCCAUGCAUGUUCUCUGUUCCGCUUCUCCAGAAAGAGCCCCAGCUAUUUUUGAAAUAUUUAUCGAAAGCAUGCCACAUUAUCCUAUUGACAAACAGGAUGCCAACGGUAGUACUCCGCUGUUACUUGCCUAUAUUAAUGCCCAUGGUCAACUUGCUAGAUCCCUAGUAAGAGCUCACGCUCUUCUAGGGACCGCGAAUAAAGAUGGACUCUCAAUUUUUAAUGCACCUGUUGCUUCGAAAUCGUUACUAAACAAAUUAUUAGAUAUGAUAUCGAAAGAGCCUGCAUGGACAGAGGGAGAUAGUUGCUUGGAAUGUGGAGUUAAAUUCGGGAUUGCCACAAGAAAGCAUCAUUGCCGCCAUUGUGGUCGUCUGGUCUGUUCGAAAUGUUCACCAAAUGAUAUGCCAAUUAUUAAGUUCAAUUUACACAAACCAGUUCGAGUUUGUCAAAUUUGUUUCGACGUUCUUAAUGGUUCUGUUUUGUAA